UAUUUCCCCACUUCUACAGAACUCCCUUGUCUUCGCGGUCUUAAAUAUUCCACCAAGACUAUAUUUUUUUUUUGUCGCGAAAGGGUAUCUUUUCAACCCAAAAUGGAAUUGUCGCAGAUUUUAGUCUCUCUUUCCUGUAUUGGCCUUUGCUAUGCGGCUGCCCUACUAGCAAACGAAUGCGAAGGGCGCGACGAGUCGUGAAACAAACUCUUAAUCUCCCCGUCUUGAACCUAAACGGAAACGAUUACCAGGGUGCUGAAAGGGCAUACCGCCAAAAUCUACGAGGCCUUCUCCACGAGGGAUAUCAGAAGUACAAGCAUGGAUUUUAUCAGCUGUUCAGCCCUACCGGAUUCCUCGUCAUCGCUUCCGCAGAUCAUGCCUAAGAAAUAAGCCAGCUUCCCGAGGGAGUGUUUGACUUCCACGGGGCUACCCAAAAGCGAAUGAUUGGUGACUACAAUUGGUUGUCUGUCCAAGUUGACCCCGGCUAUAUGUCAUGAAAAGGUUUGCGCUUACAAGACAUAUAUAUAUAUAUAUAUAUG